AUGUCAACCAGCUCGAGUACGCCGCGCGAGUUUCCUCCUGUGAUAGCACAGUACUCUGGCGGUAACUUUGUAGUAGGCGGUGGCGUGGCCAUCUUCCACAUCGCUACCGGACGCGUGGUAAUAUGUAGCGCUCAUGACCGACGUGGUACGAAGUACUACUUCUUACCUAAAGGACGCCGGGACGCUGGAGAAGAAAGCGGAAGAGGAGCAGAGAGAGAGGGAUACGAAGAAUCUGGCUACCGUAACCGCCUACUCCCUCUCCCCACGAAGCACCGCCAACCACAAGCACACCCCCGUGUACAUGCUCUGCCUCUCACCGCUGAGGCAGUAUGGAUGCAGUUGAUGCCUCUCGGGCCCCGGCAGUACGUUCUGUACUGGUACAUCGCGGAGACUCUCCCUCCGGAUCUCGAGCAGGAGUUGGCGACAGAAGCAGGCGCGGCAUACAAACCUCCGCGUCCAUAUCCGAGUAACCUGGCGCUUCGGGACAGGAUCAGCAUGGAGCCAGAGGGAUACGAGCCGUUGCACCAUGAGGGUACGGGCGUGGAUGAGGAAGAGCAGGCGUAUGAGAGCCAUCUCGUGUCAGUCGAGGAGGCUGUUACGAAGUUGGGGAAAGGUGGCGUCCUGGCGGAUGUAGUUCUGAAAGGCUGGAAGGGCAUACAAGAUCGGCUUGCUAUUGAAGAUGCUGCGACGUCGGAGAGCCCGGAGAUGAUCGGCUAG